UCUGCGGCAUUCGUUUCAGUUUGGAAAACAAAAGUUGUUUGAUCGAAUUUUAAUGAAGUAAAACAUUGCGAAUGAAACUAUGAAGUUGGAGAAAAUUUGCCGUAUGUGUUCGUCGGAGAAGCUGCGCGUUAGACCGAUCUUCAAGGCGUACAAACGCGAGCGGCUGCUUGUGAUCAUAAAGGAUGUCGUUCGGAUUGAUGUCAGCGAAGGUGAUGGGCUUCCAUCGAACAUUUGCAAACCCUGUGCCACUACCCUGAUAAGAAUACAGGAAAAUCUGGAGGAAUUUAGGCACAAUGAUGGAGAACUGCGAAGCAGAAUUCUGGAUGGUGAUAAACUGGAUGUCAAAGUUGAAGCACAUUCGCAAGAUUCGGUCGAGGAGCUGGACCCGGUUGAAGGUGAUCACCAGUCAGCAGCAAACGAGGACCCGAACGGAAAGCGUUCUGAGCUCCACAAGAUUGAAAUAGUGGUUGAUUCUAUCUCGAAUGCCCACAAUGAUCAAAUUGAACAUAUUUCCAUAGCAGAACCCAUGGUCACAAGGGAAAACUUCGAUGAUAGCAUUGAAUCGCAAAACCAACUAGAUUACGGCGAAAACAAUUCUAAUUUUGCCGAUGAAUCACACGAGAAAAUAUCAAAACUGGUAACGAAUGACGACGAACCCGUUGAAAAUGAAUUGCAGUUCAACGAAAUUGAAAUGACGAUGACCCAGAAUCAUUCGAUCUCAAAUGCCCAUAAUGAUCAAAUCGAGCAUAUUUCCAUAGCAGAAGUCAUGGUAGCAAAGGACGAACUCGAUGACAACCUUGCUUACGACGAAAACAACACUAAUGUCGCCGAUGAGCCAGACGAGAACACAUCUAAUAUAGUCCGAACUGCGCAGGUUUUCAAAGUAGCAGUCUACGAUGAAGCCGACGCAAACGAUUCAGAUCAUGUUGGUUCCCAAAAUCAUCCAGACUCGGAAGAAACCGGCACUGAUUCUGACUACGAACCGGAUGGAAAUAAAUCGAAACCAAAGUUAAAACCCAUUCGUGCUAGUCAGAGGCAGCGUGCGGCUCGAGCCAGAGUAUUGGCUGCUGGCAAGAAGAAACGUGGCCGUCCACCAAAGUACGACGGCGAUGAUCCUAAUCGUCCGAAAAUGAACGAUCACAAGUGCUAUGUGUGCCGCAGCGAGUCGCUAGGUUCGGCUAAAGCCUUGCUGGAACAUUUGACGACUCACCUGGAUCGAACUCCGUACACGUGUUCGGAAUGUAAGAUGGAAACGGUGGUCGUAAAAAGCGUACGGUCGCUGAACUACCACAUGAAAAUGCACGCGCAACCAAUGAAGUGCCAAUACUGCGAUCGCCGGUACUGUGACGAACGGGCCCGGGACUAUCACGUCAAGACGUAUCAUUUGGGUGAAAGUGCUCCCUGCCCAUCGACAUGUAACGAGUGUGGGAAAGUGUGCAAAUCAAUUUCUGCUCUAAAAGCUCAUAUGCGUGAUCAUAGGUUGAAUCUUCAAUGUGAGCAUUGCGAAAAGAUUUUUCAUCGUCGGGGUAAGCUGAAGGAUCACAUAGCCAGAGUGCACGAAAAGGCCCAGAAGUACGAGUGCAACCUGUGCAAACGAGUAGUACAUUCGUUGGAUAGCUACAAUUCACAUUUGAAAAUGCACAUGAGCGAAAAGACCUAUGAAUGCGAUAUCUGCCCUAUGAAGUUCUACACGGCUGGCAAUUUAGGUCUUCAUAAGAAGAUUCAUUCGUCCAAUGCAAACUACAAACCGCACAAGGAUUGGAGUGGACAUUACACUGUAAGUCAAGAACCUGGAGCAGACAAAAUAUACAAGUGCAAACUGUGUGGAAAAUCGUACACCAAAACGGUCAUGAAAAUCAACAACCAUCUCAAGAGUCAUUUUAAGGAUAUCAAGUGCGAUCGUUGUGAUUUGAUGUUCGUUAACGAUUCUCAGUUGAAGGUCCACUACGUGGUUCACACGGGCAUACGGCAGCAUAAAUGCGACCACUGUGGAAAAGACUUCUUGCAUAAAAACAACCUCACACAGCAUCUGAAAAUACAUCGAACCGAACGAGACUAUGCUUGCGAGUUCUGUGGAAAGCUAUUCACCUACAAGGAGGGAAUGAAGGCUCACAUCCGAAAUCACCACCUGAGAGAUAGCCCGUACAAGUGCACUCGCUGCCGGAAAAAGUUCGUGGACAAUGCUUCACUGGAGCGCCAUAUCACAGCAGAACACGAACCUCCGCCAGUGCAGAUUGAUCUUGGUCCACCACCGCUAAUGGGAACCGUAUCUGUGCCGCAGGUGCCUAAUUUUGAAGCCAUAGGAAGAAAUUAAUAAA